AUGAUGGAUCGCAGAUUAUUGGUUUGUGUGGGAGCUCUGUUUCUGAUUUUUUUCUCUACAUUUCCAUCGUCUAGAGCUUUGAUUUCGUCUCCUGAUGCUAAUCCUCCUUACCCUGAAGCCAUUUCGGAUUUGAAGGAAGCAAUUGUGAAAGGGCUUGGAUUCCAAUCCGAGGAAGUAAAGAUUUCUGGGUUCGAUGUAAGGGAUGCAUUGGUAGGGCAUGCUAUUUCAUAUGAGUUUGAUCUGGAAAUCGACAACAAAGUGCUUCCACUCAAGCUUCUCGAAGACGUAAACCGAUGGGAAUACGUAGAUCUCCCAAUCUUCCAAGUAGAACAACCUAAUGGAGCCAGGCAGGAAAAUGUUUUGGUUCCUCUGAGCGAGAAGAAGAAGAAGUCUAGUGGUGAUGUUUCACCUGUUUUAUCCCCGUUUCAGCUUGCUGGUCCCAUGGAAAUUUGGAUCCAAGAUGCAAACAAUAUGCGUCUUUCAUUGCCAUAUGAUGUGGAAGCUGGUGUUUUGAAGAAAGUGAUAUUAGCAGAUGGAGCUGUUGUAACAGUGAAAGGAGCUAGAUCAGUUAGUUUGCGGCAUCCGAUUGAUUUGCCACUUCCGUUGAACCAAAGCUCCAAUGAAUUUGCCUCUGGACUCGUCUCUUUAGCUGAACAGCUUCGACGUGCUUCUUCAUCAAGCGAUCAAGAAAGUCCACUUCUUUCCCUCCGCAUUGUUGGUCCUACUUCACUCGCAUCCACUUCACAGUCUCCUGACAACAAACUCAAGCUCAAGCGUCUUGCACCUGGACUUGUUGAACUAUCUUCCAUGUCUAAAGGCAAGACUGGUAUUAGUAGUAGUCUCUCAACAAUUGGCGGCGCUGCUACUACUGUUAUCACCCCAAGAGAAUUUACAACCAUGUGGCCAAUUACUUCAAUCAAUGGCUCGAACCCUAACUUGCUCGGCUUUGAGAAGCUGUUGACCUCUGUUUUGGGUCCUAAAGCUCAGCAAAAAGGUUCCUUUAAGGUGCUGAAAGCGGAUGUCUCGGCUCAAACGUUUAUGAAGAUUGGUUUUGGUGUAGAGAGGAAGCUGAAGGAAAGUGAUCUUGAAGGUUUGAACUUUCCAGCGUGGCGAACAAAGCCGGAGACAAUGAGGAUGCAUUUUGAGGUUCUUGCUAAGGUUGAUGGAGAGAAGGUUGUACCAGAGAACGUAAUGCAAGUUGAUCCGAUACCAGUGGAGGAUACGAUUGCGGAGAAUGUGAUUAAUGGAAAUGUAACCAUGUCGAAACUUCCAAUCAUUCAGCCUCCUCCAAGCCCUUUCACCUUGUAA